AUGUUGGACGUCAACGGAUUCAAGGGUGCGGAUUGUUGUUCACAUGCGGAGAGUGCCCUAGAUCUAUCGAUGCCCAAGAAAUCCUGCCCAGGGGUCGGGGAGUCUCCCGUGUGUCUUAGGGAGGACCACUGUCAUCGGGCUUCCGAAACCAGCAAAACGUCGACCGAGGGAUCCAUUUCUCCAGAGUUCGAAAGAAGACGUCUGCUGACGCCACCCAAAAAAGAAGUUGUACAUUACAAUACCGCUAUCUCGGACGUUGACUCUGACGUUAAUGACGUCGACGUAUUCAACCCUCCGCCAGUGUUUCCGGAUGCCGCGCCUUUCGAGCAAACAGGAGAAGCGCCGAUCUACCAGACUUCCGGCGGCGUCACGAUCUAUCUGCACGACGAGACGAUGUGGCGAGAAUUCGCUAAAUACGGAACGGAAAUGAUCAUCAACCGCGGUGGACGGCGGAUGUUUCCCCACAUUGUGCUGUCGAUGUUUGGCCUCAACCCGGAAGUGAUGUAUUCGGUGAUCCUGGAGAUCGUACCGGCGGACGAGCGCCGCUACAAGUUCAUCAACAACCAAUGGGUCGCCAUGGGGAUGGCUGACCCCGGACCGGACGUGCAGCCCGUGCUCCACACCGACUCUCCAAACAUGGGCGACUACUGGAUGCGCAACCGGACCUCCUUCUCGAAAGUUCGCCUGACGAACAACAAGGACACGAGUGCUAAAGAAUGUCUGGAUGGAAAUAUACUGCUUCUCUCCAUGCAUAAGUACAAGGUGGUGAUUCGUAUACGGCCGGAAGUGACGUCACACUCUGAACCUGAGCGCGUGUUUGUUUUCGAUGAGUCGGCCUUCAUAGCUGUGACCGCCUAUCAGAAUAGCCAGAUCACACAACUGAAGAUACAGAACAACCCGUUUGCAAAGGCCUUCAGGGACGCACACAAUCCCUCAGUUAUCCAAGCAACUCCGGCGAAGAAGCGAGAGAGGAACGGUCGCCACAAAGAGUCCGGAAACCAACAUCAUUCGCGGUCGACGAGCAUGCCUCAGAAUCCAGUUUCGACUCGGGGCUGGCCGCUGCCGCCACAAUUUCCGGCGCCCGUCGGUCACCCGGCCAUGCUCAACAUGGCCAUGUUCGAACACAUGUGCCGCAACAUGGACACAGCCGGGGCCCAUGGGGCUAUGCCUUAUUUCCCUUGGGCGGCGUUGAGUAGACAGUUUUCCGCUCCCGUAUUCUCUAAGGCGGGCCAGAUGCCACUUCCGGUCUACCCCGGACCCCACUUCGCGGGACUUCCAAGUGACUUAUCCCACAUGCGCCUUCCGCUAACCUCCCCAUCCCAUUCCGGAAGUAGCGAGUUGUCCUCCACUGUCACACCUGACAAGAGACUGACCGUAUCCCCACCCCUUUCUUGA